AUGUAUCCAUCAAAUCGUGUCAGAGAUGAAGUUGCAGUACCCUUGCUCCAAAGAUUCUCUCGUCACCAGAAACUGGUUUUACCAGAAAAAUACGCUGCUGCUCUCACCAUCUUCGUGAAUGAAUCAAGCUCCAUCGGCAGAAUCUCUUUCCCAUUGGUCGUGACAGGUGGCCUCCUCUACCUCCGAUCCUUCAUCUCCAUGCUUUUCCUCGGGUACCUCGGUGGCAACACUCUCGCCGGCGGCUCCCUCGCCCUCGCAUUCGCCAACAUCACCGGCUACUCUCUGUUCUCCGGUUUAACCAUGGGCGUCGAAUCCAUCUGCUCUCAAGCCUUCGGCGCCAAACGCUACAACCUCGUCGGAGCAACAAUCCGGCGAGGAAUCAUCCUCCUCCUCUUCACAUCCAUCCCCGUCUCGCUUCUCUGGGUCAACAUCGAGACGAUCCUCGUAAUGCUGAAACAGGACAAGAAGCUCGCAUGCGAAGCACAUGUCUUUCUGCUUUACUCUGUUCCAGAUCUCAUCGCACAAUCAUUCUUACACCCGUUGAGAGUCUAUCUCAGGACGCAGUCAAAGACUGUGCCUUUAUCGAUCUGCACAGCGAUCGCGAGUGUUCUUCACCUUCCCAUCACCUACCUCCUCGUCUCGUACCUCGGUUUGGGGCUCAAAGGUCUCGCCUUUAGCGGCGUCGUCUCAAAUUUCAACCUUGUCGCGUCUCUGUUCCUCUACAUCGCUUUCUUCGAGGAAAAACAGAGUAACAACGAGGAGGCAGAGGAGGUUUCAAAGGAGUCUUAUGAGGAAGACAGUGAGAAAGAAUGGAGGAAGCUUAUCAAGCUGGCGAUACCGAGCUGUGUAUCGGUUUGUCUCGAGUGGUGGUGCUAUGAGAUUAUGAUCGUUCUUUGUGGGUAUCUCUUAUACCCACAAGCGACCGUUGCUUCCAUGGGGAUUCUCAUCCAAAUCACUUCCCUUGUUUACAUUCUCCCUUCUUCCCUGAGCUUCGGAGUGUCCACUCGCGUCGGGAAUGAGCUGGGGUCGAACCAGCCGCAGAGAGCGAGAAAAGCGGCCAUUGUUGGACUCGGUCUAAGCGUCGCACUCGGCUUCAUGGCUCUGACGUUCACAUUCUCGGUGAGGAACAUAUGGGCGGGGCUUUUCACGGAUAACGAGGAGAUCAUCAGGCUUACGACGAUGGUUCUGCCGAUCGUUGGGCUCUGUGAGCUCGGAAACUGUCCUCAGACGACGGGAUGCGGCGUUCUUAGAGGAUCGGCGAGGCCAAAGAUCGGAGCUAACAUUAACAUGGCGGCGUUUUAUGGGGUUGGGAUACCGGUGGGGAUUGUGUUGGCGUUUUGGCCGGUUAGGUUCGGGUUCAUGGGACUUUGGCUCGGGAUGCUCGCGGCGCAGAUAGCUUGUGUGGUUGGUAUGAUGAUGGCAACGUGUAAGACUGAUUGGGAAUUGGAGGCGGAGAGGGCUAGGGAGCUCACGGCGGUGGAUCGCGGCGGAAGUGGGGAUGAUUUGGAGGCGGGGCUGCUGAUAAAUUAA